UAAUUCGCUCCAGAACACCAUGAUAUGUAUUGAUGAUAUUUUGGAUACUACGCAGCUCUUGAUUUUUCAUGUUGUGAAGAAAGGUACCCUGUUCUCAGGAUUCAGCCUAAGGUUUGUCAUCCUCUUCGAAAUGGGUAAUAUCAUCUUAUUCAAAGUCCAAAUAGUCAGGUGACCACGUUCGUGUCCCCCAACAUCCCAGAUAUUCUCAACGGUACUAAAAUAUCUGGAUGCUGUGAUCAUCUUGAACUUUGACCGUUGAACCUCUGUUAAGUCCGCAAAUAGAAUUUAAAAAUCCCCGUCGUUAUAAUUCGUUACGUCAUUUCAGCUUUAUCCAUCACUAUUCUAUGAAAUAAAUUACGAUGGCAACUCUAAACACUUUUCUUGAUUCUGUUAUUUCCGAUGAAGUUGAAUGUGCAAUAUGCCUCAGUAUGUUGGAAAGACCGCGAAUACUGGAAUGCUUGCACAGCUUUUGCGAGAACUGCUUGGAAAAGUACUUAAAAAGCUCGGAAGAUGACUCGUCCGGGUCUGGAAAAAGCAACCUGAAGUGCGCCAUCUGCUGUGCACAUACUACACUACCUGAAAACGGUGUCCUUGGAUUGAAACUGGACUAUAGAGCUACUCGUUUAGUAGCAGCUCUUCGGGAAAAGGAAACCAGAAAGAGCAAACUUGUGAAUUCAGGCAAUCACUGCGAGGUUUGUGGAUGGACUGCAAGUGUAAAAGCUUCUUCGACUGAGGAUUCAACUUUUACUUUCUGCAGCGAUUGUUGCCAGGUCCUAUGUAAACGCUGCACGACAGCACACGCUGGUUUGCGACUCACCAAAACGCAUGAAGUUGCGAAGAUAUCUGAUCUGCUCACCGGAAAGGUAUCAUUCAAGAAUAAAGAUCACCAAAUGCGCUGUCCAAAACAUGUCGACGAAAAACUCAAGAUUUUCUGUGUGACCUGCCUUGAACCCGUCUGCCAGGAUUGUACACUGUCUGACCAUGCCCAAGGAGAUCACACGCUUAAAUUACUGAAGGACUACGUCGAGACUAUCCGCGAGGAGCUGAGCUCACGCCAAGAAAUGGUAUCCAAGAAAUAUGAUGAAUUUACAGAUUUUCUCAAUUCGGUACAAAAACUCCGAAAUGAUAUAACAGACAACGCUAAGAAGAAAAGCAAAGCCAUGGAGAAAGAUUAUACUGAAUUAAAUCGAAGGGUGAGAAUGACGCAGUUACAAAUGGAAAAGGAAGCACAGGACAUUCUUGAUGACCAAGAAAACCAGUUAGAUCGACUGAUGAGGAAAACAGAACACAUGAGAUCACUGGCAGAUAAGAGCUUGUCUAUGUCGAGGAAGCUUCUUGAAAACAAGGAGGAUCUUGUUGGGUUGUCCUCCAUGUACAAAGACCUUAAUCAGGCUAUGGAUAGAACUAUAGCUGAUAAUCCUGAUACGGAUCAGUUCCAACAGAUAAAGAAGUCAAACGAUGACUUGCACUAUCAUGCAAAAACAAUCGAGGCGAAAAUUGGGAAAAUUGUAAUGAAUUGUGGCUGCAAGGAACACAGUACUUUAAGAAUGGAAUGUAACGAUGGACCGAUAGAUGUUCAGUUCUCUCGAGACGGAAGAAUUUCUGCCAUUGUUCAUGCUGAAGGCAUUACCAAUGAAUGUAUGACGCUUUAUGAAUCGACAGGGAGUGGAUUAUCUGGUCAUUAUAGACAUCGUCGUUAUAGACAGGGUCAUUAUAGAAGCAAAACAUGUAGGAAAACUGCUGUGUCUACUGCUAUUCGACAGACGGCUACAAGCUUACCUCACUGUAACGAUUUGAGUUGGACCCGUUUUCUGGAUCUGCCAUUUGAAAGCAUCAAAUGUUUUUCUUCUUUUUCAGACCAACGUUUCAUCAUCGCAACCACUGAUGCGAAGUUGUACAUCCUUGGGGAUAAACUGGACCAGAUAGAUGGUAAUUUACCGAAUGGACGAAAUAUCUCUGGUUUGACAACGGACAGUACUGACAAUAUUUACAUCACUGAUCGCGACAACCAUACGAUAUAUGUUCUUCGGUCGAGCGGUACACUGAAGGAUACAAUCGAUGUGAAGGAUAUUUUACCGACCUGCAUCGCUGUCCCUUAUAUAGAACCAGAUUUUAUUGCGGUCUUGCACGAACCAGCAACCGUGUCCAUUCUAGACCAUUCUGGAAAGGCACUUUGCUCUAUCCACGACGAUAAAUGGAAGGAGGUGGUCAUCGGAUGUGAUGCUGAUCGCCUACUAUAUGUAUUAUGGUCAGGCGAAGACAGGAAGAGGACACUGGAAAGGUACACCUUUCAGGGGUUGAAGGUGGAUACCCUUUUUCAGGGAGAAUCACACAGCUGUAAUAGUCUCAUUUUAGCAGUUCCACCAACUGGAGAUUCUGUAGCUGCAGUGGUUACUAAAACUGGUGAAAUAAUGAUUGUGACUCCCAACAUGCCCAAAGAUUCAAAGGCGAAUUAGGUGCCUGGCAUCAGGAGGUGGCGGCAGUCAGUGGUUUUCAAUGUCGCAUGUGUAUGAUGGUGCAGGCAUUCUACGCGAGUAAAGCGAAGUAAUGAGCGAGUGCUAUUUCGGUUCACAAAGCACAUUUCAAUUGCACUUAUGCUGUGUCCGUUUAUCACAUUUCAAAAAUGAAAUCCUAACCGGAAUAACGUUUUCCUUAGAAUGCAAAUGGGCUAUACGCGCCACCUUCUCUCAAGUGGAAUAUACAUUUCCAUCCCCUUAGAUUUAUUGUGAGUAAGCAAUCGACAGAGCGACAUUUGAUGGUAAUUUUAAACUUGAUGGGGGUAUUUUGAUUUCUAGAGGUAGGGGCUGGUAGUGUUUGAUACAGUGGUGGAAUUAUUUCAGUUUUUGUAACCCUGGUUUAUAUCACAGAAGCAGCGAACACAAUAGCAUUGAUAAAACUAUGUAUCCAUUUAGGCGAGUAAAGCGACCGACCUACUAACAUAAACUUGAAAACUUUGGUCAUUCUGCGUUGCCAUGGUGAUGCUUAUUUCCCUUCAGUGGGUAGUGUUGAGAGUAUGUCAUCACGUAGGACUAUACUCAGCGGCAGGUUCAUGAAAAUGUGAUAAUUAGUCGGCAGUAAUAUCAGCCCUAUUUUCUGUAACUGUAGGAGAAGUGUUCACCUUCAGUUGUACAGACCAACAUCGUACACAAGAAAUGAAUGCCUGAAUUACUUGUCAAAGUAAACGUCUCCUUUUCACUUGACAAUUUGCUCAUGAUCGAUUCACCGCCAUAUGAGUCAAUCGCGCCCGCUCCUUGUAACGAAAUACGCUCGACCGUUUCGCGUAAUGUCAUGCACUCACCCGUUCCGCUUAAAGUAAUCGAUUUUUCAAUUCCUGACAGCGAAACAUGCUUGCCCGUUUCGUUUGAAAAAUCAUGGACCGACAGUCUUGCCAAUGUGAAAGCAAACUUUCAGCUUCUUCAACUUUGAACUUUGGAAAGACAUGAUGGAUUAACGUUGAAUCGACAUUGAAUAUUAGAUUGAUGAAAGAUGAUGGACACCAAUGUUGCAGCAACCCUGUAAUUGAUGACUCGUCCAACAUUGGACCAACGUUAAUGGACAACGUUGGACCGAAGUUGGAAGCAUUGUUGGUCUGACGAUGCAUGCGCGUGCACUUCUAACAAUGAUGC